AGGAGAUGCAAUUGUAAAGAACAAACCUAACAUCUCCAGCAAUAGGCAGCCGAAUUUAUCGUCAAACGUGUUUCAUUAAUAAGACGAAAUGCCGAAAAAGAAAACCGGUCAGAGGAAAAAAGCCGAAAAGCAAAAGCUCCGGCAAAAGGAGAUUAGAGCUGCCAAGGAACAAGUUGACUUGGCGAAAUUUCCUUGCAACUCCGUGAUGGAAUGCGACAAGUGUAAUAAAAAGCAAAAGAGUCGUGCCUUCUGUUACUUUUGCCAGAGUGUGCAACGUUUGCCCAUAUGUGCACACUGCGGCAAAAUCAAGUGUAUGUUAAAAACAGGAGACUGUGUAGUACGUCAUCCUGGUGUCUUCACCACAGGAUUAGGAAUGGUGGGAGCUAUUUGUGAUCACUGUGAAGCCUGGGUCUGUCAUGGAAGACGUUGCCUCACCAGUCAUGCUUGCAUCUGUCCUCUGACAGACGCCAUUUGUCAGGAAUGUGAGAGAGGUGUCUGGGAUCAUGGCGGAAGGAUAUUUAAAUGCUCAUUCUGUGAUUGUUUCUUAUGUGAAGAUGAUCAAUUCGAGCAUCAAGCAUCCUGCCAAGUACUGGAAGCAGAAAGUUUCAAAUGUCAAUCGUGUAAUCGUUUAGGACAGUACUCUUGUCUCAGGUGUAAAACAUGCUAUUGUGAGGAUCACGUUCGUAGAAAAGGUUUUAAAUACGAAAAGAAUAAACCUAUUCCUUGUCCAAAAUGUAGUUAUGAGACAUCACAGACUAAGGAUCUAAGCAUGUCCACAAGAUGUCAUAAAUUUGGCAGACAAAACCAAGGUGGUCCAUCCGAGUCUGACGAUGAAAACGGAUAUGAUUAUGGAAAUCAAAAUUCUUAUUAUGAAACAGGAGGUUACACCAAUGAUGAUGAUGAUAAUGAAGAUGAUGAUGAAGAUGAUGACGACGAUUAUGAUGAAGAUGAUGAUGAAAAUGAAGAGGAUGAUGAUGAAUCAUCAAGUGAGGAUGAAGAAAAGAAAGAUACUAAAUUACAAACUUCAGAUGCCAAUCAAAGUAAAGCUUAACAUUUACCUCAAAAUAUAAAGUAGCAAUAAUUAAGAAUAAAAUGUUAUCAGAAAAUUUGGUAUAUACAAUGAUAUAUAUGAAAUAUUCAGGAAGACAGGAAUCUUUCAAAAGAGAAGUAAUUUAAAAAUAUUUUGUAGCAAUCAGAAAUAAAUUACAAUUUAUAUAUAUAUAUUCAUAUAUUAAAUACGCA